CGGAUGUUGUCGGUUGCUUAGCAACGUUAGUGCGCUGGGUUGUUAGUGGCAGUGCUACGGUGGUCCAAUGCAGAGCUCAGGAGGAGAGGGAGGAGAGGGAGGUGAGGGAGGCCCCAGCCAAACUCAGACAGACAGCCGGCCGCAUGACGGAGCUGAGGAGGCAGCGGAGGACUGUGGAGCGGCUGUCCCAUCUGCUCAACAGAAUCAGUCAGGACCAGAGCCUGAUGGCCAGACCCCUCAGCCUCACCCUGACCACAGUGAUGACCCCCCCGCAGCCACAAAUUCAGUGCAGCAAAAUGUUGCUCAGGUCCCACUGACACUUAACCUCUCAAACCUUAACACAACAGAGGACAUGGAGGUUCAGGAGCCACUGCUGGAGGACGAGGAUGAGCAGGAGGAGUUUAUAGUUUUGGACUCUGAACACCCUCUGGUCAGAAGGCAACAGGCUGCUCUCAGCAGUCAACUCACCAAGCAGCUGGAGAGGAUCAACCUGGAACUGAGGGAAAAGCUGGAAAUGGAGAAGGCAGAUGCCAGCCACAUGCAGGAGAUGAAUAUUGAGAUGUUCAGGAUUCAGGAGCAGCUGGCCAGACUCCAGACCAGGCUGGAUGACCGUCAUCACGCCAAGGCGCAGGCUGAGGCCAAACAACGGCAGGCUCAGGAUCAGCUGGAGGUGGUAAAGAGGCAACAUGCCAGUGUUUCUGGCCAAACUGCCAAAGCCAAAACCAGCGUGUCCCAGUUACAGACAGAGUUGGACAACCUGAAGCUGCAUCUGGCAUUCGCGCAGGGACUCAGUGAAGAUCUGCACUCUAAUGUCAAAGCCAUGAAGAACGCCACAAACAAAGCAGGAGCUGAGAGGAACCAGGCCCAAGACCAGAAACUGAAGCAGGAUCUAUAUGUGGAGCGUCUAUCAAAGGACAUGGAGAGGCUGACGCAGCAGAUUGCCAUGUAUGAGGCUCAGACCAAAGCUCAAGCAGAGGAGACGCAGGCAGCCAAAGAGACGCUCUCUGAGGCUGAGAUGCAGAUGGAGUCUGUGAUGAUGGAGCGUAAACAGCUGCUGCAGCAGUGGAGCAGCAACCUGCUUGGUAUGAGGAGACAAGACGAGGCCUUCAGCGCCAUGCAGGAGGCUGUGCGCACUGCCGAGCACCAGGUGGUCAUGCUGGACAGUGAGAUUGAGGGUUACAAGAAAUCCACAUCUGAAGAGCAGGACAAAAACGAGACUCUUACGAUGCAGCUGAACUGGUCCCAGGCAGACGGCGCCACCUCCAAAAAGCUGAUCAGUCAGAAGCAAGUCCAGCAGGAGGCUCUGCAGGCCCAAUACAGCACCUGCCUCCGCACUCUGAGGGAGACGGAGCGCACCCUCGCCAGGCUCAGUAAGGAAACCAAAACCCACCAUGAUGAAAUGAACAAUCAGAGGAGGCAGUUGGAGAAAGACAGUGCUCUCCGUCACGAGUUUGAGGAUAAGAUCACGACCUCCAUCCAGCAGAAGCUCACCCACAACCAGGCUGCAAAGUACUCCCAGCGACUCAUCAGCAGGGUAGCUGCACUCAAGAAGGACAAGAUCUCUCAGCUGUGGCAGCUGGAGGAUGAGAUAUCAGUAGUGGGACAGGAGAGCAGUGAACUCAGCCAACAGCUAGACAGCCUGACCCUCACCCAGGAAGCCCUGGAGGAGGAGAUCGCAAAGUACAACAAGUUAUUGACAACAAUCCAGUCCAAGAUUUCCUCCUUUGUGACAGUGAUCGGGCAGAAGCAGGCUGCCAUCACCAGCUAUAACAAAAAGAUCGGUCAAAUUGCAGCCAGCACUGGGCGUGAGGACCUGAGUCCUCUGCAAAUCAAGGUGGAGGCAUUAAUGGAUCAGAUCGAGGAGCUGGCGGCAAAUAUUAAGAAUGACAAGCAGCUGUGGAUGCGACGACAGGAGACUCUAGAAGGACUGAACCAGGAGAAAGGAGCUAACAGCAAGGACAUGCUCAAACUGCAGGCGGAGUACACGUGCAUGCAGCAGAAGAAAAUACGCUUGGAAAGUCAGAUUGAGGUUGUGCACCGUGACGAGACAGAGCUGGAUAAGAAUGUGAAGCUGCUGAGAGGAGACCUGCUGAAGCUCAGCACCCUGCUGAGCAAGCACGGACGGCUUAGCCAGGCACUGGAACAGGAGAACGCACUGAUGGAGACAGACUUCCUGCACAGACUCAAGGAGGCAGAGCGGGAGUCCAUCGAGCUGCAGAUGAAACAGGAGAAGACCCAAGAGGAAAAAGAAAGACUUCUCAACAGUCUGCUGGAGGCUGAGCGGCAGAUUCUGCUGUGGGAGAAGAAGACCAAGCUCGUAAAAGAGACUCGUUCAAUCGUGGACUCAGAAGUGGGCCAGGGAGAAAUCCAGAUGAUGAAGUCUGAGAUACACCGUAUGGAGGUUCGAAUCAACCAGCUGAUGAAGCAGCAGGAGCGACUGCUGAGGGAGAGUGAAGCAACAGUGGCGAGGAGGGAGACCAUCGUCCUGCGCAGGGAGGCCAUGAUGCACAGCUCCCACAAACAGACUACAAAGGGCGAGCUGAACCGUGUCAUACAGGGCCUGCAGCGCAAGAUCAAGGACACACACAAACACGUGGUAGAGCAGGAGCAGGUGAUCAGGGAGCUAGAGGAGAGCCAGAGGAGUGUGAGCGACAGGAUGAUGCAGCAGAAGGAGCAGCUGAUAGAACUCUGCAGCACUAGCUAUAUCCUCGACGCUGACUUCGGAGAUCUCCAGGACACCAAAGACAGGAACUUAGCCCACCUCGUGGCUCUGCAGAGCCGCGCCAAGAAGCUGCAGGGGGUGCGUGAGGGCAGCUACCAAGCCUUGUCCACCAGCGAAACCGUGGGAGCCUCCCUGCAGAGCCAGAUGGAGCGCGUGCACGCUGUUGGCACCAUCCUGCACCGUGUGUGUGAGGAGCUCCCCCAGCACCAGGGGGCGCUCCGCAGGCUGUUGCUGGCACUUGCAGCACGCACAGAGGCCCUGGAGCAGGAGGAGGCCAGAGAAUGAACAGAGGUUAGACACAUGACAGUGAGUACAGGAGGAGUAAAACAUGGA